AUGACGGCGGACGUGCUAACACAACUUCAGGUUGAGUACAAUAAACUUGCCGUGCAGUUCUUCAGCACCUUCUCUUACCUCAACCAGCGACAUCCCUUGGUCGCUCCUCCAGAAAUUCCAGGUUUUAGAUUCACAAGCCAGCAACUAGCACCAUCGGGUCCUGGGCCAGAAGACACAGAUUGGCCUACCCGAGUAUUGGCAGAAUUUGUCCUGCGGCCUACUGACGAGAACACAUUUAAAGAAGCGCAACAGGAGCUCGCCAAUGAUCUCAUCUUCAAGACCAAACAAAUUCAGCAGCUGAUUGCUCGACUUCCUGGCAUCGACCAUGACGAGCAGCAGCAGGCAGAAGAGGUUCAACAAUUAGCAGCGCAGGUGCAAGAGAUAGAGAAGGCGCGACAGGCCAAGAGAAAAGAAAUGCGACAGCUGGUGAAAAAGCUUGACGCUGUCAUCGCAGCGUUUCUUCUUGAGAAAGGCGGUGUUUGCGACGAGGACCAGGGAGGCAGGAGCACGACGGGUUAG